CUAGCUCACGAUUUCUUCUUUGUGUGAUUGUAGCUGCUUCAUGCCUUCAUCUGAUCUUUGUAUAUCUUCAUGAUGUUCGUUGUAAUUUUGGCCUCUUUUGAUUUUCUUUGAUUCAAAUACCUUGUUUUACUGGUUCUUUAAUUGCGAUGGCGUGGUUGGUUUGUAGUUUUUCCUUAUUGAUAACCGUGUAACCCAAAAAAGAAAGUGAUACAAUUGUUCUAUAUAUAAUAUUUUUUACAAUCUAAAUUACUUUGAUCAUCAUCUGCGAACAUUUUGUUUCUGGAUAAUUCAAAUUAUCAGAGUACUAUAGCAUUAAUAGUUGCAUUGGAAGAUCACGUCUGAUACAUUUGUAGUCGUACACAGUUUGGAAAAUACCUUUCUGCAACAGUUGGCAUGUCUGCCAUCUGAAAGAUGCCUAUUUUUCAUAUAUAUCAUAAUUAAUUAUCAGUUAGCAUAUUGGAUGUAAUCCCAUGAUCAACGUUUACAUGGGCAAACCAAGUAAAAACCAGAGAGAAGCUUAACCAGAUCAGUGAAAAUUAAUCAGAAGCAGGCGCAAAAGCAGACAACCCCAGAUGAAGCACAAACUGUCCCAUCUUUGAUCAGUACAAGAGAAUCGAGGCCGUUGAAAGCACGAAAACAAUAUGCUUUGUUACGAGAAGCCAGCUCAGAUCAACGCACUUGUCAUUUGUUAAUUUCCCAAGUAGAGAGCCGGCCCCACCGCUCUUUCUCAGAUCUUACGCAGUACCUUAAUACUCCCAAGAUUUGUGCACUACCCUUUUGUAACUCGGGCUUCGUGUUUCGCUGUCUCUGUAUCUCUCUCGUUCUCUCCCUGAAAGCCUCUGUUUUUAGUGUGCAAAGUGUGAUAUGGCGGACUGGGGGCCAGUGAUAAUAGCAGUGGUGCUGUUCGUGCUGCUUAGUCCGGGGCUGUUGUUUCAGAUACCAGCGGGAGGGAGGUUGAUCGAAUUUGGGAACAUGCAGACAAGCGGUGCUUCUAUCUUGGUCCAUGCCAUCAUUUACUUCGGCCUCAUCACCAUCUUCCUAAUUGUCAUUGGUGUCCACAUCUACACCGGCUAAACCUACACUCAUUUUUUCUGGUUUGUUUUGUCAUGGAUGAUCGGUUGCUUAACAUCCAAUAUCUUUCUUUUCUAGAAAAUAAAAUAAACAAGAUCUUGUUUAUUUUCUUUUCUUUUUUCUUUAUCGUGCGUGUGUUUGGAAUCUGGAUCGAUGGUUUGAUGCUUUGUAAUUUAGAGACAUGAUGAGGCUUUGGCAGUACUGUUAGAAAAUGCCGUUCCUUACUUAGAUUUGCUUCUAUCGAUGAUUGUGGUCUUGUACUUAUUCAAACAAAAUAUGGCAUAUAUGAUUGCGUGAGAAUUUUUGGAAUAAAUUUUAUAGUACUGGUGUUGAAAAAGCUCUGAA